UCAGUGGCGGGUUCUGCGGUGGACGGAGCUCCGGCGGGCGGGCGCUGUGCUCGCUCAGUAGGAACAGGUCCUCGGCCGGCAUCGCUCAGCGGGCAGCAGCCGCAGGAGGAGGUGCUCCGGAGGAGGAGGAGGAUGCUGUCCCGACUGCGCGUGGCCGCGGCGCCCUGCGCGAUGGCGCGGCGCAGCCUGCACACCAAGGAGAAGGGCAAGCCGCUCAUGCUGAACCCGCGCACCAACAAGGGCAUGGCCUUCACCUUACACGAGCGACAGAUGCUGGGGCUGCAGGGACUCCUGCCUCCCAAAAUAGAGACACAGGACAUCCAAGCCUUACGCUUCCACAAGAAUCUGGCAAAAAUGACUGACCCCUUGGAGAAGUACAUCUACAUCAUGGGCAUCCAGGAGAGGAACGAGAAGCUGUUCUACAGGGUGCUGCAGGACGACAUUGAGCGGCUCAUGCCCAUCGUGUACACCCCCACCGUGGGGCUGGCCUGCUCCCAGUACGGACACAUCUUCAGGAGACCAAAGGGAUUAUUUAUUUCCAUCUCAGACAGAGGCCACAUAAGGUCAAUUGUGAACAACUGGCCAGAGAACGAUGUUAAGGCUGUUGUGGUCACUGAUGGAGAAAGAAUAUUGGGUCUUGGAGACCUGGGGGUGUACGGGAUGGGAAUUCCAGUGGGAAAGCUGUGUUUGUACACAGCCUGUGCAGGGAUACACCCAGAUAAAUGCCUGCCUGUGUGCAUCGACGUUGGGACUGAUAACCCAACCCUGCUGAAGGAUCCCUUCUACAUGGGGCUGUACCAGAAGAGGGAUCGCUCGCAGGUCUACGAUGACCUGAUCGAUGAGUUCAUGGAAGCCAUCACGGACAGGUAUGGCCAGAACACACUCAUCCAGUUUGAGGACUUUGGAAACCACAAUGCUUUCCGGUUCCUGAGGAAGUACCGGGAGAAGUACUGUACCUUCAACGACGACAUCCAAGGGACAGCCUCAGUGGCCUUGGCAGGACUGCUGGCAGCCCAGAAAGCCACUGGGAAACCACUCACAGACCAGAAAGUGCUGUUCCUUGGAGCAGGAGAGGCCGCCCUGGGAAUCGCCAACCUCAUUGUCAUGGCCAUGAUGGAGAGCGGUGUUUCCCACGAGGAGGCCUCCAGGAGAGUGUGGAUGUUUGACAAGCACGGCCUGCUGGUCCAGGGCCGGGAGCAGAAGGUGGAUCCCCACCAGGAGCCAUUUGCCCACAAGGCUCCAGAGGACAUACCAAAGACAUUUGUAGAGGCAGUGAAUGUACUUCGGCCUUCAGCUAUCAUCGGAGUGGCUGGGGCUGGGCGUCUCUUCACCCAGGACGUGCUCAAAGCCAUGGCUUCCAUCAACGAGCAGCCCAUCAUAUUUGCCCUGAGCAACCCCACGGCCAAGGCCGAGUGCACAGCAGAGGAGGCCUACACGCUGACAGAGGGCCGGUGCCUGUUUGCCAGCGGCAGCCCCUUCGAGCUGGUCACUCUGAAGGAUGGGAGGAUCUUCAAACCAGGCCAAGGAAACAACGCUUACAUCUUCCCAGGCGUGGCUCUGGCUGUGAUCCUCAGCAGCGUCAGGCACAUCAGUGAUAAGGUUUUCCUGGAGGCUGCCAAGGCAUUGGCAGAACAGUUGACAGAUGAGGAGCUUGCACAAGGAAGACUUUAUCCUCCACUGUCCAAUAUCAGGGAAGUUUCUAUUUAUAUUGCUGUCAAGGUGAUGGAGUUCCUGUACGCCAACAACAUGGCCUUCCACUACCCCGAGCCGGCCGACAAGAACCGCUACAUCCGCUCCAAGGUGUGGAGCUACGAGUACGAGUCCUUCAUGCCGGACGUGUACGACUGGCCCGAGUCCAAGGUGCACUGACCAGCCCCGCGCCCGCGCCUCAGGCAGCGCCGCCGCUCUGCAGGGAUCCCCUCCCUCCCUCCUCAGACCAACUCUAAUCAUGAUCUUUGACUCCUCUAAUUUAUUUGCGCUCAUUUCGUUGCCUUUUUUUUUGUUGUUUUUCCCCCCCUUACGCCCUGUUUUUCACCUGAUUUCUCCCAAGUACCUGAUAAACUGUGUGGAUGGUGGCAUCUGCCACAGGGAUGAGAGAGCCCUCCAAAAUUAAUUUAAACAAUAACAUUGCAUUUCUAGCUUAGAGCCAGCACCACACCGAAGAAUUCCAUUAAUGGUAUUUUAGCUACCUGCAUUUGGUGAUAAACUGUAGCUCUCUCAUCACUGCUAAUAUCCAGAAUUACUUAUUUCUGCCUUUAAUAAUCAGUCUUCUAAUUGUCCUAGUGUUGUCACACUGCAUUAGCUGUGACAUCAAGGGAGACCACUUGUCUAGGAAAAACAAAAGGGCAGUUAAAGACAACUUAGAGAGUCUGAUGGGCCUUCUGUUUUGUUUAAUGUUUAAAGAUGCCCAUGUCCAGACAUCCUUGUGGCAUUGGCUGCUGUUUCCUUGAGGAGCAGCGAGAUGUACACGUGUGGGGUCUGCAGCAAGUUUGUAGUUUUGUUUUCAUCACUCCGUGAAAUCUGUUCUCAGGAAAAAUGUGAGCUGGUUCAAAUUGUCCUUGGGAAGCCUGAAAAUAAUCCUGAUCACUUAAUAGCUUUUAAAAACAGAGCCGUGCUGUCACAGAAUAAAUUUUAUUGGGUAGAGGUAGGACCUGAAGUAAUUUAUGGAAAUCUUUUUAGAGAUUUUACUAGGAGAUUUUAAGCAAUGGACUGCAAAAUGAUUUACCAAAGGAUCUUUACUUAAUUUUUUAAUUUUUUCAAGUUUCUGUUUUAUUUAAGCCAGGUUGUUUUCUCCCUUUGUUCUCACAACAAGACUCGCGUGUGAUGUUUUAUGACGCCGCUGACUCGAAAGCUCCAGAGUGGACUCAGCUGGAGGCAGCACCCCGUAGGCAGUGCUGGUUCCAGGUGCUGGCGGGGCUGGAGCAGGAGUGCUGUCAGGCAGCUGCUCACACCAGCGAGUCUGCUGGACGUUCCCUGAGGCCUCGCUCCCUCACUCUGUCACUGGGAGUACUGGACCCAAAAGGUGCAGCGCUACACGCCCUGCACUGAUCACUCCAGUUACUGCCCUUACAGGCCUGGCUUGUCAGGGUCCUUGUGUGACAGCAGGAGUUCCCAGCUGAGUUUUUCCUUGCCAGGGGUAGCGCUGCACGUUUGCUGCAGAUGCCACAGUGUACACUGCCCCAGUUCCCUCGGAGCGAGGCCGCAGGGCCCUGGUCACUGCGCAGGGACAGGCAGGGACAGCCACAGCCUGUGCUCCCUGCCCCAGGAACAGCCGUGUCAAAGAUACCAGGCUGCUCCAGUUUGCUGCAGCAAGGCAGGAGAAGGGCAGCACAGAUGGACGUGCCAGCAGUGCUGCACUGGCAGACAUCAUCCAAAGAGAUAAAGCAGAGCUUGCUCGUGAUUUACUCAUGGCAAGCACUGCUGCCGUAUCCUCAGUUGCACAGGAAAAUGUAAUCUGCACAGAACAGGCCAGAACAGAGCAGGGAGAAUGGUCUCAGUACCCGCUCAGGCACCUACAGCCUGAUCUCUGGCUCUAAAAUUGUAUUCACACAAAGAACAGUAAACUUUGGGAAGGUGCUGCCUGUGUGGGCAAAGGAGACUGAUUAUAUAAACGCAGAAAAGAGUGACGUGGGGAAAAAACUGUGGUGUUCAAGCUGUGGUAAAGUGUUGUGUGGUGGGGCUCAAAGUGCUUCACGGCUGAGUGCUGAGAUGCACAGGACCUUGCACUCGCAAGUGAAUGUACAAAAGACACCAACACACACACAGAGGAUGUUUUUACAAAGAGUGCUUUUUUCAUCUAUUUUUGCUAUGCCUUGUUUGUAUUGUAUUUAAAUUAGUGAUCUUACUGAGAAAGAAAUUAUUUAUUCAGUGUAUGAAUUAUUUUUGCCUUCUGAAAAUCCAGCUCUAUCUGAAGCCUGUUGUAUUGUGCCAGUGGAGUUCUGCAUCACUGGAUUCCGGAGUGCUGGGAACACACAGCUUCCUCCCUCCUGCCAGCCGCCAGUUAGGCAGAUGAGUGACAAAAACACCCAAAAUGCACUGAUCUCAUGUCCCUUCAGCCUGAUUGUUUGUUCCCAAGGAUUGCAGCUGUUGUGCGUAGCCAGUGGCUCGGGAAAAGCUGUGGCUUGGGGAGGCAGCAGGGCCCUGCUUUGGGCAGGAGCGGUCCUGUUCCCAGAGGGAGGGAGAUCCCGUUCCCAGAGGGAGGGAGAUCCCGUUCCCAGAGGGAGAUCCCGUUCCCAGAGAGAGCCCCUGCCCCGGCCAGGCUCAGGAGGACGCUGCUCUGAGCAGCCCCUGCCCGUCCUGGCACUGCCACCGCGCUGUCCUGGCUGGCAGCGGGAUUUCCCCAAGCACAAGCGGUCCCGCACAGGAAUUCCGCUGGAAAUCCCGCUGCAGAGCUGCGGGCCCGUCAGGAGCAGGAGCAGCCUGGGCUGUGCUGGAGGUGUGGGUGGCUCUGUCCCCUGUCCCAGCUGCCCAGCUGGGAGGUGCCAGCCAGACGUGAGCCAGCGCAGCCUCCUGGGCCCUGUCCGCCAGGCCCUGAGCAUCCCCUGCGGCUUGCAGUGUGGACACGGUGAGGUUUCCCUUCCAUGUGCAGCCAUUGUUUCCUGCUGGCAACAGGUAGCCCGUCAGCUCACAGAGUUUAAAGUCCAUUUCACUCUCUCUUUCAUCUUCUCCAGAAUUAAUUUUUUUUCAUACAUAGGAUUUUAAGACACAUAGAUUCGUGUUCAGUUUUCUUUCAGGUACAAUUAAUCCUUGAAGUAAUUGCAACUGCUAAUCUUGCUGGCUAGUAAGGAACCAGUUUCCUUUUUCAUAUUCUACUUAACACGAUUUUUUUCUGUUUGCUGGUUUAUUCAAAAUAUUUACUGGUCUUUAUCUGUACAGAAAAUUCUUAGACAGUAUGCAAAGGGAAACAGGUGUCACCAGGAUGCAUUUUGUCAUGUUACAUAGUGUAAGUUAAAAAAAUACGUCACCAGAAGGACCACCAGUGUUGUAGCUUGUCACACAGCCCCUGUGACUUGCCCUCCAAAUGAUUUUGUAAAAGACUGUCUUCCAUGUCUCCUUGGAGUAUGCAGAACCCUUCUGAGAGGAUCAGGAGCCUGGCUGAGGUCGGUGUUCCAGGAUUUGUCCAAUCCUUGCUUCCUUAAAAUCAGCAGGAGCAGGACUCAGCCUCUUGGCAGCAACCUGUAGGAAUGUUUAGGGGAGAGUAAAGGUGUCUGAUGAAGCACAGCCUUUCUUCAUAAAAUAGCUGUGGGUUUGUUCAAAGCUGUUGCAAAGGUUUGUGUGUUCCUGAAGCCUCUCCCCAGCUGCCAACCUGACAUGUAGAAGGAGACGAUUAAAAUGCUGUGUCUGAUACAUUUUAAACCCCCAGUGUGACGCUCAGUUACAUUUGUGGACAGUGAUGCAUCCUGAUCUGUUGUGUUUGUUUUCCAAGCUUCAAGCCAAGUGACACUUUACCUGCAGAGUGGUUUCCUGUGGUCGGUGCGUGUCUUCCUCUUGUACUGUUGUUUCCAGCACGCUGUUUUACGGGGAUAAAGUAACUCUGUCACACUCCUCUGGUAGUACCUGCCAAGAUGAACGAUACGCCUUUUAGUUUCUCGUUAGCAGCCCUCCCCUGCGUGGUGACUGUUCCUGUGGGAGAGUGGGGAUCACUAUUGUACAGCUCCCACCCAGGAUUCAGUUCAGCUGACUCCGGCCCCAGCAGUGCCGGCCGGUUUUGUUUGGCUGCAGAGGGGCACAGCUGCGCUCCUCUGCAGUCCCACAGCGCUGAGCCCCUCUGCGGCUCUCAGAUCAGCGUGAGAGCAGCCAGGCCUGCAGUCUCUCUGCAGUGCUUCCAGCUGGAUAAGCCACUGUUGUUUCUGCUCUCUGGAUGAUCCAAGUGCUGUCCCGCUCCGUUGCAGCCACGGGCGGCGGGCAGGGACUGGCGUAACACAGGAGGAGGAAAUCCAGAGCAAAGCUCUGCUGCACUGGCCUGCCAGCUGAAUUUGGGCAAAGCCGCUCAGCUGCUGCUGCUGAAGGCACUUCUGACUCACUGUGUGUGGGCCUGCCUGCCCUGCUGCUCCCGUGGGACGAUCCAGCACGGCUCCCAGCCUUCCCCAGUGCCUCCCGCUCUCCGUGGGGAUGGCAGGACUCACCCCCGGCCGUGGCUGCAGCUGGAGGAGCAGGUUCUGUCACCGUGUCCUGCUGGUGCUGCAGCAGCCCCGAGCUGGCUGGUGGUGCUGCCAGACUGAGCUCAGCUCUCCACCUGCCAUCGGCUUCGGCUCAUCCGUUCCUCAGCCAGAUCCUUCCUAACAGGAAUAAAAAUACUCUUGGGACUAAAGAUGGCUGCCUCGUCAACAAAACAGCGAAAUAACCUGCAUUUAUUUCUGUCUUAAACAUAUCUACCUUAUGCAAAUCAAUGUGAGCCUGCUGGGGUGCUUGUGAGAACAGUUCCAGCCUGAUCUGUGCGGGGUUGGCUGUGCCUGGGAGGGUCAUUGCUCAGCUGAAACUAAAACUGUACGUAAAAUGUGAAGUGGUUGGGGUUUCUUCCUACUUUAUAACGUUGUAACUCUAUUGAAAUGUGUGUUCUAGUCUUCUAUUUUCUUAGUAAAAUGCAUUCC